AUGGCCGCUUCUUUACCAGGUGCUGACCACAAUCUACCUUUUUCACAGCCUGUCUGUCAGAACUGUCAGACAUCGACGACUCCUCUAUGGCGACGGGACGAAGCAGGAUCCGUCCUCUGCAACGCCUGUGGCCUCUUCCUCAAACUCCAUGGCCGCCCUCGUCCAAUCAGUCUCAAGACCGAUGUGAUCAAGAGCCGAAACAGAGUCAAGACGGCCAACCAAGGUCCCAAGAAGAAGUUUGAUCAGAAUGGUCUUCCCGCCUCUCAGUCUGAAAUGGUGUCUCCACCAAAUGGCAUCAAUCCACACCGUCGCGUUUCUCAGAUGGCAACAUCCGUAACUUCAGAUCGCUCGCACUCCCCGAUAUCGCGAACGGGAACGCCUGGCGCGCUUCACGACCCCAACAUCGCCCCCCAACACUUGUUCGACGGUGCCACCAUGAACGACCAUCACUUUAACGGCUCUCCUUCCCUCCCCGCCAUGCACUUCAGCCAACCUUCCCCGAGCGCAAUCUCUCUGGGGACGGACCGACACCUGGAAGCACCCAUGAGCUACGAGCAACUCGUCGCCGCAAAUACCAACCUCCGAACAAGAGUUUCUGAGUUGGAGGUGAUCAACAUGGUCUAUUCAGAUAAUGAAAACACUCUCCGCACGGAGCGCGACCGCGCAUUCAAGGAGCGGGACGAGCUGAAACGCAAAUUCGACGAGUUGGAAAAACGAUUCCAAGAAAUUAGUAAUGAUGAACCCGAACAGCCCUUGAAGCGGCCACGACUAUCAAAUGAACCUCAAGAAUAA